AUCCUCAAGGCACUGUUCUCUCCUCCUCUUGCCUUCAAGUUUCCCACAGGCUUAGCCAGAUGGGCAAACGUAGGACGGAGAUGAAACUGAUAGAGAAUCUCAAGGGUCGUGAGAGGGUUUUUGGAACAAGAAGGAAGAAUUUGUUAAAGAAGGCAAACGAGUUAUCUAUUCUUUGUGAUAUCAAGGUACUCCUCAUCAUCCAUGAACAAGAUAAACUAAAAUCUGAGAUUUGGCCCAAUGAUUAUGAGGAAGCCAAACAAAUCAUCCAGAGGUUCAAGCAGCAGCGCGCUACCAGAAAGGCUUUUGAUUCUUUUGCCUCUAACAAGAUAAGAUUUGGCAAUAAUUUUGCUAUAUCAGAUUACACCAAUAUGAUAAAUCACUACUCCAAGAAUCAACUUCAAAACUUGAUUUUUGAUUUGGAUACUAAGAUUGCUGCUGUUGAGAACCUAAUUCAAUCGAAACAGGUUCUUACAAGAGACCCCAAGCUACCAAGGACGUCGGGUGAAACAGGGCCCUUAAACAAGGGGAAAGGAAUGGAAGUUGUUCUCAACCAAGAACCAGUAAACACCCAACAGUUGCAGAGUUUUCAGAAUUGCCCACAGAAGAAUUUCAUCAGCUAUCCUGUGUUUGAUCGUUCUUGGCAGAUGGAUUCCAAUGCGAAUUCCACCAUACAAUUUUCUUCCAAUGCAAGGUUUUCCCUCUCAGAAGAAUACUUGAGGCUAACAAGAUUUCUAACUAUGGCCACUCGUUCAAACGGGCCCUAA